GGUGGCCACGCUUGUCAGAAUCAGCAUCCAUGGCGAAUACGCGUCUGUUGCUACCUAAUGAGAACUGUUGUUAUUGUCUUUCUACCACGCGAUCUUUCUUUGUGUCUUGAGCAUACUCAUCUGCUCGUGCCAAGACUAUCACGAGCUUUGUACCGCUCUACCAAGAUCCAUCAAGCAUUGAGCAGUUUGGGAGAUACACCCGGCCAUGGCUCCCUCUGCCGAUCCGAUCAAGCACGACAUCAGUGUGAAUGCACCAAGUGAAUCUACUCCUCUCCUCGGUGCUCCAGAUUCUGCUCCUGCGACUGCGGAUUAUGCCACCAAUGGCUCAGCAAAUGGGCACGCGCAAAAUGGCACGAAAGCGGCCCAAGAAGAGAGCAAUCCGAUGCCUUACACGCAAGUCAUCGUGCUCUGCUAUGCCUCUCUCGCCGAGCCAGUGGCCUACUUCGCCAUCUUCCCCUUCAUCAAUGAGAUGCUGGCUCGAAACGGAGACCUUCCGUCCGAGUCUGUAGGCUUCUGGUCUGGAUCCAUCGAAUCGCUUUUCAGUCUAGUACAAAUGGUUCUCAUGAUUUUCUACGGACGAAUGGCAGAUCGGAUAGGCCGCAAACCGGUUCUGGUCUUUUCAUUAGCAGGAGUGUCGGUAGCAACUGCGUUGUUCGGGAUGAGUAGGAACCUGUGGCAGAUGAUUGUUUUGCGAUGCGUCGCGGGUCUGUUUGCUGGUACGGUGGUGACGAUCCGGACUAUGUUGAGUGAGAUUACGACCAAGGAGACUCAAGGCCGGGCGUUCAGUUGGUAUAUGUUUACACGAAACUUGGGCAUCUUCGUGGGCCCUCUUUUGGGAGGCGCUCUCGCCAACCCAGCACAGCAGUUCCCGAGUACCUUUGGCCACAGCCAAUUCUUCAUUGACUACCCAUAUGCCUUACCCACUUUCGGCGCCGGCUUGAUGUGUGCCAGCAGCACAAUAGCCGCUCUGAUUUUGCUGAAUGAAACGCUAAAGCGCGACGAAAGAUCAGCUUCCAAAACCUCAGCACCGCCAAUGACAACAGUCGAGAUUCUCCGCGCACCAGGAGUGGGUCUCGUCCUAUUCAUUCUCGGACACACCAUGACUCUCGCUCUUGGAUACACCGCAACGUCUCCAGUGGUCAUGUUUGAGCCCGUGGACAAAAGCGGCUUUAACUUCACUCCAGCACAGAUCAGUUACUUCCUCGCCACUGCAGGUGCUUCUCAAGCACUGUGGACACUCUUGGUCUUUCCGCCUCUCGAAAGGUCGAUCGGAAGCAAACGAAUCCUCUUCUACUGCAGCAUUCUCUGGGUCUUUUUCAUGGCAGCUUACCCUAUUGGCAACGAACUGCUGCGACAUGGCAAGGACACGGUCUUUUGGGUCUUCAUGUGGUCUGUCAUGGUCCUUGGCUCUAGUGUGAGCAUGGCGUUCGCUGCCGUGCAACUCCUCAUCAAUGAUAUCUCACCCUCCAAAGAAGUACUCGCCACAGUAAACGCCCUGUCGUUGACUGUCAGUUCGGGUGUGCGAGCUGUGGCCCCUGCUCUUUUCACGAACAUUACAGCACUGGGAAUUCGGUGGGGCUGGGCGGAUGGCCAUCUGGUCUGGUUCAUUUUUAUCGCUCUUGCAGCUUUGCUGAUUGUAGUGACACGAUUGUUACCUGACGAAGACUCCAACAAAGCACAAGAUGCAAAGCAGGCGAACGGAUUGACGAGCUCGAGACGCCCGAAUGACGAAGCCGAAGCUUGAGGCAGCAAUAUGCUGGACACACACAAUGAAAGGAUGCAAGAGAGUCACUGGAGAUACUCGGAUCGAAUCUUUUGACUGAGGCCAUGACGGCUGCGACCAUCAAGGGGUGGAGCAGAAACUUCGCUUGACGACGCAAAUCCAGUCGCAGCGCACUCUGUGUGGCACGUCCUCGUCAACUACUGACCUGAUGUCUAGCAUUUCGCAGGUUCACGGCUCUCAAGCGUCGUCCACUAUAAGAGACAGCAAAAUCUCACAUCCGGAAAGUCUGGGAUUUACGGAAACCAAUUCACCGCUCCUUACCACGAAAACAGCACACCGAGGCAGCGGGAACUCAGAGCUCAAUUUCAGGGUUCCCAAGAAGAAUGACAGGUGCAUGGUGACAGACAACAUACACAAGAUAUCUAAAGAAAAGCUAGAAGCGCAUCAAGUAAGAACCAGUAAGAUAUGUCACUUGUGAUCUAGCUAUACAUGCUUCUCAUAUCAAGGUCCAUCGUAACAAGAUGCAAAUGCCACCGGCCCACGCUUUCCAUUCGCGGUAGGCCCGCGGACGCCAUGAGAUCGUCUAAAGUCACCACAGUCACAGGCAACCCUGUGGAAAAUGCUGCAAAGGUAAAACGUCCGAACCAUGAAGAUGUCACCUUAAGAUCAUUGCACAAUCAGCACUCGUCGCUCCCCCAA